AUUCUGUAAUGUGCUAAAAAGUUUUGCUGAUUGGUUAUAAAUGGCUCAAGUGCACGUUUCAAAUUUCGAAUGUAUUAGCUCUAGUGUCUUUCAAAUUGCAAUUUUGUUUAGCUCAAAUGCAAUUUUUCUUUUAUUUGUAUAUUUUUUAAUGCGGCAUUCUGAAUGAUCAAUUUCAUCGGUGGUAAUUGCUUGUGUCGACUAGGGAAUGUAAAUGAUGAAGAUUUUUUAAUAGUAACUUUCAUUAGUGAGCUGUGAAGUGAGUUUGUCACUCACAAGAAACCCGAUUUUGUAAAAAUAUGAUUGAUGUUUGAUCUAAACAGGCCACUGAAACCUAAGAUAUUGCGACGGCGAUAUUUUGGAUGUGGCGCCGACAUAUGGGUAGUUUUUGUGGCUUGAAUUGCCUAGUUCGGAUAACCGGUUGGAAAAUAUAUGAAAAAUCACCAAAAUUGUGCAAUGUCUUUAGGGAAAUCCUCUGGAUUUUUAAGUGUUUGUUUUGACGCAGGAACUUUCUCUAAGGAAAAAUACAUUGAGGUUCUAUCUUUUGGCUCGCCAACCUCUGCAAUUUUCCUUUUUGGAAGCGAACCUUCUUGCUUGCUUGCUCUCUGCAUUUUCAUACCAGAUUAUUCAACACUCACUUACCUCAUCACCCAACAUUUGACAUCCAUCAGAAUGUUCAUAGGGGAACCAUCAAUCAAUCAAUGAAUUUAUUAAGCCAUGCCUAGCUUCAAUGCAUAUAGGGGAUCAAUGUACUAUUUCUGAAUUCACUUGUGCUGUCUGAAUGGAGAAGCAUGCUUGGCAGUCACAAUAUCAGAUCUGAAUUUUGGAUUUAAACCUUAUAAUUGCAAUCAUGAUUUUGUCCAUCGUGGGAACUUUGCAUUUGUGCAGUUUGAAACACAAGAAGAUGCUGCGAAAGCUCUUGAGUGUAUGAAUAUGAGUAAGAUACUGGACAGGGUGGUGUCUGUGGAGUAUGCACUGAGGGAUGAUGGUGAUAGGGGUGACAAUUAUGACAGUCCGAGACAAGGUGGUUAUGACCGAUCACCGAGUCUGGCCUAUCACAGGCGGCCAAGUCCUGAAUACGGUCAUCCACGCAUCCCUGUGUAUGAUAGAUAUAAUGGACCAGACAGGCGCAGGAGUUCCGAUUACGGCAGGCAGAGGAACCCAGAUUAUGGCAGAUACCGCAGCCGUUCACCAGCUCGAAGGUCAAGGAACUAGGCCCCGGUUUUCUGUGGUAGAGAAGCAGGCGAGUGGCACCUUUUUUUUUCAAGUUUCUGGUUGUUAGAGUAACAAAUGGAAUGAUACAUUGUGUAGUAAAAGGGUGCUCCCCACAGUUUUUAGUUUGAUUUGGUUUGGGUUUGCACAUAGCAUUGUUGUAAGUCCAUGCCAAUUGUGGCUAUAGGAAUUAUUAUGAAUCCGUAUAUUUGAUUAUUGGAUAAGCUGCCUUUUUUCAUUUCAAGUUGUUGGGUGUCACUAAUUCCAGGAACU